AUGACCCAUCUGCUGGGGGGGCUGGCGGGGGACGGCUCGUGCUUGUGCUUGAGGGGGGUGGGGCAGUGCCUGGGGGUCCUGCUUGGGGACCCCCCCACACUGCCCCCCCCCGGGACCCCCCAGCCAGUGGCGCUGAGGGCCCUGAGCCGCACCCUGCGAGCACAGCGGGGCUCCUGGAGCUGCCUGCAGCUGCCUCGUGUUGAGCCCCCCAAGGAGGGGCACGGCAGCGAUGAUGUCACAUCCACCGCCGAUGACGUCACGGGCUCGCCCCCCCUGGACGCCGCCAUUCGCCGCUUGGGGGCGCUGCAGCUCGGGGACGCGCCGGGGGGCGGGGCCAAAGCGGGAUCGGGGGCGGAGCCUCCGCUGGGCCACGCCCCCGAGGCCGCUGCCGCCCCCUGCUGGGAGGAGGAGGAAGAGCUGGAGGAGGGAGCGCUGUACGCCGUGACGCCCCUCCUGGACUGUCCCCACCUGGGGGCCGUGGCCCCCCCUCCGGCCGAGGGGGCUCUCGGGGACAUCCUGCCCCCCCCCUGCGGGGUCUGCGGGAGCCGCCGCGAGAAUUGGCUGUGCCUGAGCUGCCACCAGGUGCUGUGUGGGCGCUACAUCGGGGGGCACAUGCUGGAACACGGGGGGGCCUCGGGGCACCCCCUGGUGCUGAGCCUGCGGGACCUGGCGGCCUGGUGCUACCCCUGCGGGGGCUACGUCACCCACCCGGUGCUGCUCCCCACCAAGACCUUCAUCUACCACCUCAAAUUCGGCACUGACCCCCCCACCGCCUCCUUCUGAGCCCCUCCCCCACCCCAGGACCCCUCCACCCCUCCCCCCACUCUUA